AUGUCUCUUUCUCUCACCUUCCUGACACAGUCACUGUCCGCGCGUGCACGCCCUGGCGGUGCGGGGUCCCCACCAAGCAGGGCAGUGCCAGCGCCGUCCAAGUCGGAAGCUGUGGCCCGAACGACUCCCGGGCUGGAAGCCUCCAUCGCGACAACGCUCGAUCACCCACGUGGCCUCAGGUCUUCAAGCUCGCCCAAGUAUGACCCCGCCGUGAGGUCGACGGUUGGGUCCGCGAGCAAGUCGGAAGCACCUCGGGAUGGCAAAGCUCACGCCAGGAGUGAGGAUGUUGCUGUUGUGUCAACGCGGGAGCACCCUCGUGCUGACAGGCCAAGAUCUCCGGGUGACAAAGCCGGCGGCGCUGGGCCCAUCCCAUCGCCCGACAUCAUGGCCAAAGCCUCACGGGCACGAAGCCCGCUCUACGUCGCGCCGGCGAAGCCGAAGGGCCAAAGAGCGAGGAGCCCGAAAGCGAAGAUGGAUCCGACUGCCGCGUCAGCGCCCUCCACACUUGGUAUCGCUCCGAGCCGCGGAGGGCCAACGGGAAGAACGCCAGUGACGCAGUCACAUCAUGGCACGGCGGAGGAGUGGGUGGAAAGUGCACAUUUUCCAACCAAGCACACGAAACCCACGGCUGCGCCGCCGAAGCCUUUCGUGCGCGCCCGGGCGCCCUCCGAUAGCUCCUCCUCGGAGAAUGCGGAUGCAAAGCAGCCGAUCGCUUUCGCGGCACCCCCGGGGACGUUGAAGAGGGAACCUUUGCCAAUGUCCGGGAGGGACUCUCACGGCAUGCUGGGACCACCUCAUGGGCGACAGCCGAGCGCAGCUCAAGGUGCCGCGAUUGCAGUCCAAAGUGUGGCUGUUUCUGCUGCAGGCCAACCUGCGCAGCUGCGCGUCUCGCUGGACAGUGGGUGGGAGAGUCUCACGGCAUCACCGGAAGAUCUCCAGGAGCUGACGCAGGGGGAAACUCCACAGGUCUUGUGGGUGCGGUCUGAUAAUGAAAUCGAGAACGAC